UAAAAAAUAAAUAUUGCAAUCGGAUUUAGUUAAUUAUAAAAUUUCAGUUUUAUAACUGAAACAGAUGUAAAAGCAAUCACAGACUGUAUUUCACAGACCAGUGAUAUGAUGUAUUGUUUGUAGUACUUAUGUAGUACUGUACAGUUUACUCUCGUAAGGUUCAAAGCUUAUUUAUCACCAUCAUAAGAUGAUGUACAUGUUAAACACGGUCUAAAACAAAUUUUGCUAAUUUAUAAUAAGGUUUUACAACAAAAAUUUAUAAUUAUUGGAUCUAAAAUUUUUGCAUGAUGAAAACUGCUCAGGAAUUUAUUCAAAAUUCCUUUUCUCCGGUCAUUGCAACAUUAUGCAGUUCAAAAGUGGAAAAUAUAGUUGGCAAAAAUAACUUAACCCUCCCAGAGUUAUUACAACCUUUUACAACUGUUGAUUGGGAAGGUCAAAUCCGUGAACCAGGAGGAGGAAUAUGCACUAUAAAAAAUUUUGACUUAGUCAUAAGGGAUGUAAAUUGGAAACCUCUUCCACCAACUGAAGCAAGAAGACAACUGAACAAUGCAGUCUUACACAAUUAUGAUGAAAAAACUGUACCAAUUAAUAUAGAAGGACAUACGAUUGAAAUACCUCAAGCUACACCUUGGUUUGAUGCCUGGAGAGAGACAUAUCUUGAAGUACAAUUUCCUUCAGAUCAUGAAUUUACUAAACACUUUCUGGCGUGUAUUAUUGUUGCAACUACUUUGGAUGAUAAUAUAAUUGAUGUCUAUAAUGCAUUAAAUCAACAGUAUGCCCAACUACAAAAUGUUACACCACCUAAAUUACCUAAGUGGUUUAACGCUGCAGUCUUAAAGUCAUAUCUUCUUCUUCAUGAUUCAUCAGCAGUUCCUAAGGAGAAAGCAAUUAUGACAUUUGAAAAUGUAAAACAUAAUUUUGGUGCUACAAACUGUUUUAUGUUAUCAAUAAAUUCUAAACAUGCUGCAGAUCCGAAACUUCAAACUGAUUUUUGGACCAGAUAUUUAAGGAGAUCCAGGGAAUUAACUAAUGAAUCUUUGGCAGGCUCUCUUCAAGUACCAUCAUUUGAUUCUCAAGUCACAUUCUCUCCAGCAAAUGUAACUACUCCAGAUGAGAAACUGAUUACUGCAACAACAUCUACAAACCUUGAAGGUGUCCAUCCUCUUACUACUACUGACAAUGAUGUGUAUGAUAACGCAAACAGCUUGGAGCCAUGUUCUUUUUCUGGCAGUUCAGAAAGUGUAAAUGUGACUGGCAAGUCUUUAGAUAGUUUAUCUGAAAUCCAUGGUGCUGCACUAAAUGCGAACGAUAUAGAUGCAAUAAAAAGUUUCUUGCAUGAGUAUGCAUCGAAAGCGUUGAUACCACAGUUAGAAAAACAAAUUGCACAAUUAACUGAAGUUGUUGCAAAUAAAAAAGGUGUGAGUAGAUCUCUAUUAUCGGCAACUAAACGAUGGUUUACCACUGGAAAGUCUGGAGCUGCCACAGUUAACAAUACAGUUAUAUACUCGACCGAUUGUGCUGAACUACAAUUGCGACGAUUAGGUGACCUUUGGUUUCUGUGUGGGCAAUGGCAGCGGGCCUUCGACGCUUAUCAUACCGCGAAAAGGGAAUUCUAUGCUGACAGUGCAUGGCUGUGUUACGCGGGUGCGUUAGAGAUGGCCGCGAUCAGUGCUUUUAUGGCAGGAGAAGCCAAUAGAAAAACCUAUGGAUACAUGGAAGAAAGUAUUAUAACUUACCUCAAUACCUGUAGAAUGAUACAGUAUGCAGUCAGAGCCACUUUACUUUCGGUUCCGUGCUUGAUCAACGCUGGGAUGUAUGGCGAAGCUGCCAAACAGCUCAUCCGCAUGACCUCUGAAGACAGCGAUUUACGGAGUGCCAUGCUUCUUGAGCAGGCAGCUCUGUGUUUCCUUAAAGGCCCAAGUAAUAAAAUCAUGUCGAGAAAAUACGCUUUUCACAUGGUGCUAGCUGGGCACAGAUUUUCUAAAGCUGGGCAGAAGAAACACGCAUAUAGGUGUUACAAACAAGCUUAUCAGGUGUAUUCGGGGAGCGGGUGGCGUCUAUCGACGGACCACGUGCAGUUUGCGUUGGGGCGGCUAGCGGGCGCACUGCGGUCGCCGGAAUCGGCCGCAUCGUGGCUGGCCGCACCUCUCGCACCGCACUCGCCGCAACCUGCGGCCCAGCAAGACGCCUUUCUGCGCGAGUUCAUGCUCGCCCAUCAGCAAUGGGUGGAAACAUCAGAUGAGUACAAAGAACAUCUUCCAGUUUUGCCAGUGCCCCUACUAUCGAGUGAAGAGACCGCAGUAUUAUGCGUGGGUCCUGCACCUCUCUCCUCGCCAGGGAGAACUCCCGCUACGUCUCUAUCCUUACCGCCCCAGGCAGAUACAAGCAUAGACGACCCUUAUUGGCACAAACUAGAGGAAACACUGCUCCAGGUUGCACAAGGCAGCAUACCGAUGAUAUUUAAGCCAACUAUAGAUUUGUAUACACAAAAAACUGAUAGCAAUCCAAUUGUUCCGAAAGGAGAGCCUAUCCAAAUUUCCAUAACUUUAUAUAAUCCAUUAAAGAUUUCAUUACUUUUGAAAGAAAUCGAACUUUUAUGGCAGUUCACUCCAAAUGUAGAGGAAACAGACACAUCCAAAGAGGAAGUCCUGAACAAUGAACCCCUGUUAGCUACUGGACAAGUCCUUGAAAGCAACGUGAUACACGGUCAGAAAAUUCAGUCAUUUUUGCUAGAUGGAGAUUGCAAAAAAACAUUGAAUUUCACUGUUAUACCAUUGAAAAUUGGGGAACUAAUAAUACAAGGAUUAGCCUUUAGACUAAUAAAUGCCGCAGAAGGUAAACAGAAUGAAAACAACGUGAAGGUGUUAGGAAAAUUAAAUUUAAGAGGUAGUGACAGCAAUUUUUCGGAUAAACUGUUGCAAAUAAAAGUUAUUUCUCAAGCACCAUGUUUACAGAUGACUUUGUCUGAAACCGGAGCUGAUGUGAUAAGCGGAGAAAUACUGACAGUAGAUGUUGAGUUCCGGAAUGUGGGCCCGGUUCCUAUGAGCAAACUGUACGUGGCUGUAUCGCAUCCCGAAUGCAUGAGCGUUGUCAGCACCGAUGACAGUGUGGAUGAUUUCAAGGCCUUAUAUGACGACAAAUAUCGCCCACCACCUGAUUUUUCUGACGAGCGUGCCGCACGGGCGGAAUCGCGAGCACGGGCGGCAGCACGGCGCGUAACGCUUGUGAGUGCGCACGGCGUUGCCGCCAGCACCGCGCGAGCGUCGCUGCUUCUGCGGCCACACGCACGCGCACCGCGGUUAUACCUGCUAGCCUACUACGAGACGGGGCAGGGGGCGCGCGCUUACCGCCUGCUACGACACGUCUUUCGCUUCCACCCCACUGAGACAGUCGAGAUUAUGACGACACCGCGUAGAGGGCUAGGUCAUUCUGGUGAUCGUGUUUUAGAAAAUAUGAAUCUUUCCGUUGAAAUUAAAAACAUAUGUAAUGAAAAAUACGAUAAUAUAACUCUAGAAGUUCUGGAGGCUUCAUUACUAAGCAGGCAAUGGAAGUUGACGCAACUCACGACGGCAAUCGACUCCGAAAAUACUUUAAUUUCUAGAGAAAGAGCUCACCUUAUACUAAAAAGUGCAAGGAUUCUUGAAGAUAUUUCCGAGGGGCAGGUGGAGUAUUCCUGUCUCAAAAUUGCUAAAUAUCACCCUGAAAGUAAAGAUGACAUCAACAAGCCUCCGUAUUCGAAAUUCGUGACCGACGAUACGCCUUCAUUAUUCGAUAUCGUCGAUACAAGUGACAAAGAAGAAAGAGGUGGAUUGAUACGAUCCAUGUUUGUUUUGAGAUGGAAGGCGCAUAACAAAAAGACAGGUCGAGCAGCCAUCGGUCAACAUUGCCUUUGGCUACACUGUUUCGGCAAGACACUUUCACGUGAAAGAGAAAAAGUACCCAUUGAAGCACUCAGCGUUCAUCUUGGUGAAGUGGAUACCCGCAUAGAUUUACACGAAACAAAGGGCAAGACUGAGAACAAUGAUGUCGUUGUCUUUAGAUUGGAACAUUCCAGUUACAUAGAUCACGACUUUAAAGUUAAUAAAUUAUGUAUGAUACCUGUUGAAAUCAAUAUUGUGAACUGCUAUGGAGUACCUGUAAAGGUUUUCAUUGAUAUGUCGCGACAACAAAAUAAGGACAGUUAUGGAGAACUUGGCUGGGCUGGUGCUUUAAGCAAUGGGCUGGAUGUAGGGUCAAAGGAUUUGGGUUUAAAUGUUACUCUAAAGAAGUUUGAAACCCGUUGCCUACAGGUGCGUGCUUUAUGCGCAUCGCCAGGCACUUAUUUGGUGGGCUCCGCAUUUUCGGUGAGCACGAUGCUGAGCGCCGAAACUCGCGCUACUACGCGUUUUCCCAACAGCGCCUCACUUCUAGUCGUCAAACAAGUCGUUUGAUAUCCUCGAUAGUAGAGUAUAGUAAAAUAUAUCAACUAUUAUACACAUGGUUAAGAAUAAAUUUCCUGCAUUCGCACAUAGCUCAAUAUUUGCUGUGAAAAAAAAAACAAUUUUACCUAUUAUAAGCUAAUUAUUGAGAUAAUUAUUUAUUUAUAAAUGAUAU